GGGAGAGGAGCCGCUGCCUUGGCAGCAGCCGGGACGCGGAGAGUCUCUCGCCUCAACUUGGCUUGGAGGGUGGCGCCGCCAUGCUGGGGGCCGAGACCCCUUUCCCCCGCCCCAGGAGAGAAGCUUGGCCCGAGCUUGUGGAGGACCCUUCGCCGCCGGGGAGCGGGGCGGAAGACUCGGCUGGGCAGGGGAUUGCCGCCACCACCUCUUCCUCCUCCUCCUCCUCCUCCUCGAUGUGGGGGGAGGAGGAGGAGGAGGAGAGGCGGGGGGCGCCCCCCCUGGACAGACACCCCCCGCGCGGUGGGGAGGCGGCCGGGGGCGAGGAGGAGCCGCUCCUUAGGGGCAUCUUCCAGAUCGGGAAGAGGAGCUGCGACGUGGUGCUCAGCGCCAGGCAGCUCAGGUGGAGCCCCAUCCAGCCCGAGAGCCGCGGGGGUCAUUCCAAUAUGAACGUACCCUGUAAAGAGGAAUCUGUUGAAAUGAAAGAUAUAUUUUCUGUAAAAUUGAAACGUCGUCGUUUUGCAGGACAGAAGAAAGGCGGUAUGUUGUUAGGUAUCACAGUUUUUGUAUGCCUGAAAAAAGAAAAUAAACUAAAGGACUCUGCCGUCAGUUUUAAUAAUUUAAGUGAAGACCACUGCCAUUCCUGGUUUAGAUGUUUGAAGGAAAUUUUGAACGGCUUUCCAAAUAGACCAAAGUCCCUAAAAGUAUUUGUUAACCCAAACAGUCAUAAAAGAGAAGCUACUCAUGUUUAUUGCGAACAAGUUGCACCUCUCUUUAAGCUUGCUGACAUCAAAACUGACGUCACAGUAACUGAAUAUGAAGGACAUGCUCUCUCAUUGCUAAAGGAAUGUGAACUCCACGCAUUUGAUGGUUUGAAUUCAUCCUUCUUAAACGUGGGAGACCAGAACUGCACACGGUAUUCCAGGGUGGUUUGUGUUGGUGGCGAUGGGUCUACCAGUGAGAUAGCUCAUGGUCUACUACUUAGAGCUCAGAUGGAUGCUGGGAGAGAUACAGAUUACAUUCUUUCACCUGUCAAAGCACCACUUCCUCUUGGCAUUAUACCAGCAGGUUCCACUAAUGUUUUGGCUCAUACUCUUCAUGGAAUCAACCAUGCAGUAACUGCAACAUUACAUAUUAUAAUGGGACAUAUACAACCAGUGGACAUCUGCACUUUCAGUAGUCCAAGCAAGCUUCUUCGUUUUGGGUUCUCAGCUAUGUUUGGUUUUGGUGCAAGAACUCUGGCUUUGGCAGAAAAGCAUCGCUGGAUGCCCUCCAACCAGCGGAGAGAUUUUGCUGUAAUUAAAACACUGGCAAGUCUAAAGCCAGAGGAAUGUGAGUUAUCAUUUCUACCUCUGAAAAAUUCGCUGCAGGGCUCCCAGGAGAAUGUUACAACGAAGAAAGAGAGACUUAAAAAAUCUGACAGCAAGGUUCAGUGGCACACAAUCCAAGAUUACUUCCUGAAUGUGAGCAUUAUGGCAAUCCCAUGUCUAUGUUCAAUGGCACCAAGAGGCUUGGCACCUAAUACCAGGUUGAAUAAUGGUAGCAUGGCUCUUAUUGUUGUUCGAAACACUUCUCGGGCAGAGUUUAUAAAACAUCUGAAAAGAUAUGCCAGUGUAAAAAAUCAGUUUAAUUUUCCCUUUGUUGAGACCUAUGCAGUUCAGGAAGUAAAAGUCCAACCAAGAACUAAAAUUGGGUAUGACACUGAAGAAAAUGUGUUUUUGCAUGCUACUUCUGCAGAAGGGAAUUAUCCUUGGAAUAUAGAUGGAGAUUUAAUGGAAGGAGCAUCAGAGGUUCACGUUCGGGUGCACCCACAACUUAUUAAUCUUUAUGGAGUGAGCAUUGAUGAACUGGAUGAUUCCAAAGCAAUGUGCACGUGUCUGUAGAAGAAAUUUAUGAAGAAAUGUGUUUCAUGGUGCAGGUUCUACGUAAGACUCAUUUUCAUCUUUAAACAGCUAUUUAAGGCCCAUUCCUUCACCCACUGAAGUCCAAGGACCAAGACUGAAAUUAGGAUGUUUAUAUAGAACUAACAAUAUUACAAAGAUUUUUAUCAAGUAAAAUAAUUGUAAUUAUCAAACAAAAUGUUUAUAGUUUUAACCUUAAAAAAGCCCUGAAAAUAAAUAUAUUGACAAAUAUACUUAUUUGUAGGUUUUAUAUAUUUGGUAAAAAAGUGAUUACUAGAAUUUCAGCAGGAAAAUGUAAAGUUUUUUUUAAACAGGGGCUGAGUUCAAUUUGGGGUCUGAUUUGGUAACCCUUAAUUGUAUCUAGUCAUAUUUUACUUCACUGGUAACCCUAAUUCAUAUCACUAGAACUAGUCAUAGAGUAAAGUACUACUUUACUGUGAGUUGGGGUGGGCAUAAUUUGGCUUCUGUCAGGUCCUUCAAUUUCCAGAUAAUCUCUGACCUUUAAAUGAGAUGAUGUAAAAAUUUGCUUGCUUUCAGCAUGCUACGAGUUAGGUCUUAAACUACUUUUCCUUUUACAAACAGUAUUUACUUAGAAUGUAACAUUUGUUCAAACUUACUUAGUUUUAAACUUUAAUCUUAUAGAAAAUAUUUAAAGUUUACUUUAUCAGUAAAACUGGGUAGUAAUCAGCAUAAAAAGCAUUAAUUUUUGCUAGAAUAAGGCAGAAAUGCUGAGUAAGAUUUCUAAUUUUAGAUUUUGAGUGAUACUUUCAUAGUGCACAUAUUUUAAGUAGAAAGUAGGUAUGUAAACAGAUUAAUUUUAUAAAUUACAUGGUAAAUGCAAUAAUUAUGCAUGACACUGGUACAGAUUAGGAUUCCAACCUUCAUGGGAAUUGAAUUUUUCAUGGAACCGUGGCUAUCCCCUGCAUUGCGAUUGGUGGGAACUAACAUCUUGACAGAUUUGUCAGCCUGCUUGACCUGCAGGACGAGAAGGAGCUUAGAUGUGUGUGUGCGCUCUUGUUCAUUAGGUUAAAGAUAUGAGGCAUCCCAACCAGGGCUGAGGGAGGAACACUGCAUUUCCCUGUGACUAAACCACAGACGUUGUUGCCCGCUGGUCUUUAAGGCCUCAAUUCAUUAAGCAUUUAAGUCAUGGGGAUUUCACUAUGUGCUUAAAUCUUUGCUGAACUGGGGGCCAAGUAUUUAAAUGGGAUUAGUGAGGACUACAGGAACACACCAGAAGUUUGGUUCAUAUUUUUAAUAAGCAUUACACCUCAACCUUAAAUCAAACAAUUAGUAUAGAUAUUUUCUUUCUUCCUCCACUCCCUUCACAAGUAGCACUAGCAAAUGGUUAUUCAUCUUCAAAAAAAACCAUAGAACCAAAUUCUGUCUUCAUACUCACAUUUAACGUCAAUGGAACUGCAGGGAAGGCACCUGUGGGCAUAAUUUGGCCUGCAGUAACCGGCCAAAUAAUCUGCAGUAUAGUGGAUUACAAAGUAAAUCCCAUGGACCAAAUUCUGCUCUCCAUUACAAUGGUGUAAAACGAAAGUCACUAGUUAUUUGAAUGGCACUACUCCAGAUUUGUGCCACUAUAACUGAGCAAUUUGAUGCUAUAUACUUAAUCCAGAAGCAUUAAAGUACUGUGUUUGAGUGGUGAAAACUGAAUUUCUUCUUUGAUUCUUUAAAGAUAUCCCAUCUUUAUAAAUCAUUAUUAUAUAUUUAACUGUAUUUUAUUACCUCUGCAAAUUAUCAACAAAAUAAUUAAAUUUGCAAAAAACUAGUGUACAUAGUUGUUGUUAUAAAAUUCAAUUGAAUGACCAUUUAUUAAUAAACAUGCUAUCAUCAGGAAAUCCUACAUUCACAUUUUUCAUUUACUUAUUUAGAUUAAACCUCAACAUUUGUUUGUUAAAUUAAUUGAAUUUUGCUUGCAUAUCUCAGAGAAAUACCUGAUCAAUAUUUACAUACUAAUACCAUAGUUUGAAUAGCAAUGUGCAAUUUCCAAGUAACACUUGUGCAUUUAGUUACUCACUAAAGCAAUUCCAAAAAAAUCCUUUGUAAUCUCAUUUCCUUGCAUUGUUUGUAUUAAAGCAAUUUUAAUGCUGCUUUCAGUAUUUGAGGUACAGUUCUCACAACACACUAUAUUAGAUUAUCUGUUUGAAUACGUUUUGAUUAAAGUGCAAUAAUUCACUUGG